CUUACACGAAUGCAGGGUCGUUAUCGUCAUUCUCUCUUUUCUCAUAAAAAACAUUAAAAAAUAAAAGAAAAAGGCACAACAACGAAUCCAUUAUUCCAACACCACUCCGAUACCCAAACCCUAUUCCCCAAACCAAAAUCUUCGAUUCUCACUCCCAGCAACGACUAUGGGAUCCUCCGCGAUGGUGUUGGACCCAAAGCCUCAAUCGGAGCCACCACCGUCUCUUCCGUCGACCAAAUCCGAUUACCUUCAAGGCGGUUUCGGCGGUGACUUAACUUCCGAUGAAGACGACCUCUAUAGCCGCCUCAAAUCGCUUCAGAGACAGCUAGAGUUCAUCGACAUCCAAGAGGAAUAUGUGAAGGAUGAACAGAAGAAUCUGAAGCGCGAGCUUCUUCGCGCGCAGGAAGAGGUUAAGAGGAUCCAAUCGGUUCCACUUGUCAUUGGCCAGUUCAUGGAGAUGGUGGAUCAGAACAACGGCAUCGUUGGAUCCACCACAGGAUCCAACUACUAUGUUCGGAUCCUCAGCACUAUCAACCGUGAGCUUCUCAAGCCUUCCGCCUCCGUUGCUCUCCACCGCCACUCCAACGCGCUUGUCGAUGUUCUGCCGCCGGAGGCUGACUCCAGCAUCUCCCUCCUUAGCCAGUCUGAGAAGCCUGAUGUCACUUAUAAUGACAUCGGAGGCUGUGAUAUCCAGAAACAGGAAAUUCGUGAAGCUGUGGAGCUACCCCUUACACAUCAUGAGCUAUACAAACAAAUUGGUAUUGAUCCUCCUCGUGGUGUUCUCCUAUAUGGACCCCCUGGCACUGGUAAAACAAUGCUUGCCAAAGCUGUUGCUAAUCACACCACUGCCGCCUUCAUCAGGGUUGUGGGAUCUGAGUUUGUGCAGAAGUAUCUUGGUGAGGGUCCACGGAUGGUUCGUGAUGUAUUUCGCCUUGCAAAAGAGAAUGCCCCUGCCAUUAUAUUUAUUGAUGAGGUGGAUGCUAUAGCUACUGCUAGAUUUGAUGCCCAAACUGGGGCUGAUAGAGAAGUACAGCGUAUUCUUAUGGAGCUUUUGAAUCAGAUGGAUGGUUUUGAUCAAACAGUAAAUGUUAAAGUCAUAAUGGCAACUAACAGGGCAGACACUUUGGAUCCUGCUCUUUUGCGUCCUGGAAGGCUUGAUCGAAAAAUUGAGUUCCCUUUGCCUGAUAGACGCCAAAAGAGGCUUGUAUUUCAGGUUUGCACCGCUAAAAUGAAUCUGAGUGAUGAGGUGGACCUGGAGGAUUAUGUUUCCCGUCCUGACAAAAUUAGUGCUGCUGAGAUAGCAGCUAUUUGUCAAGAAGCAGGAAUGCAUGCUGUUCGCAAGAAUAGAUAUGUCAUACUGCCAAAGGACUUUGAGAAGGGUUAUAGGACAAACGUGAAGAAGCCUGACACUGACUUCGAAUUUUACAAGUGAUGAUGGAGGGGCUUUCCGGUGGUUUACGUGCGUGUGUGCAGCAUUCAUAUAUAGUCAAGGGUACAUUUCUAGAGGAAUCUCGAAUCACAUCAAUAUUCGUGGGAAAUGAUGCAAUAUUUCUAUUUCUUCAGACUUUUCAUCUUAUAUGUAAUGUAGAUUAUUUAAUUUACUGAAUAGAUUAAUUGUGGCAGCUUACUAUUGAGUACAUAUUGCAUGCUUGGUUGAUUGUUGAGAACAUUACACGAGGGUUUGGAAAACGAAGUCUGAAAACAGUUUUAAAAAUGACUUCAAUUAGUUCAAUAUGCCUCUUGGCUGAUUGUUUUAAUGGCAAAAUGGUGUAUC